GCGGUGACGUCGGGGGGCUCAGGAAUGGCGGCGCUGCUGAGGGAAGGAGCUCGAAACUUUACUAACAAACAGAUCCGCGCAUUUCUCUCCAGAGCCGACGCCUGCGCAGGCCGCUCGCUCCGCCGCUAGAAAACGAGCUCCCCGGUGAGAAGAGCGGAGUGCGAACCGCUGAGCGGCGGCGGGAGGCUGAUAGUAAUAGGACCGAGCCCGUCCGCGGAUCCAGGAGUUUGAUUAGCUGUUAGCCUGCCGUUAGCCUGUCGCUGCUAAUGAGCUAACGGGCAGCCUCGGCAGCGCAGCGGAGACUAACGGGGACAGAGAGGCAGGAACAGCGCGGCUCUGCGGUCCGUACAUUUCACCCGGGCGGGUCUGGAGUGAGCUGAGUAGCCGGGGGAGUAGAACUCGUCUUCAGUGGUGUGUUUUGGUCCGGGUCUGGUUCCGCUAGGCUGAGUUCUGGGACACCGCUCCGCUCUCUCUCUGUCGGUCUCCUGUAGUUCAGCUGUAUGCCACCAUGGAGAGUCUGACCCUGACCGAUGUGGAGCAGAAAUACUACUCGGAUCUGUUCAUCUACUGCGAUGUGGACAACACCAAGAAAGUGGCCUCCAACGGGAAAGUGCUCGACCUUUUCCGGGCGGCCCAGCUCUCCAACGACGUGGUGCUGCAGAUCACUGAACUCUGUGGUGCCACCCGUCUUGGUCACUUUGGUCGGAGUCAGUUCUACAUUGCCCUGAAACUAAUUGCAAUAGCCCAGUCUGGACUGCCCCUUCGUGUGGAGAGUCUAAACAGUGUGAAAGAUUUGCCUCUGCCACGUUUUGUGGUGGGCAAGAAUGAGCAGGAGGCCAGGCACGCUGCCAUGUAUCCAGACACAGAAAACCAGGGACCAUACACCAGUGUGAUCCCCAGACCCCCAGGCAGAGUCCAGACCAAAAAAGUGUCCACCCAUGAAGUCAUACAGCCCUGUGUGCCCACUGUUGAGCCUCAGCCAGACACCACGUCUCCUGUAGUCUCCCCUCAUCAGUCCCCACCCACCUCACCCCACGCAUGGAGAAAGCACAAGCGGCAGGCCAGCGGUGGCGCUGUGGAGCGCCAGCCUACUGUGGCAGGAGCCUCAUGGCCACCAUUUAGAGAAGCACAAUCAGGUCCAGUAGCAGGUGAUGGGCUUUGGUCAGCCCACUCUCCACCUCCAGUUCAAGAAAGCUGGGUUAGUUUUACUGACACUCCUCCCUCCAGCACACUUCCAGCAAUGCAUCCCUCUUCUGCUCAGGAGAGCACAACAGUACGAACAGUGGCUUCAGCUGCAACAACUAAUGAAAUCCAAAGACAGGCCAGUGGCUACGAUGACCCCUGGAAAAUCACAGAUGAGCAAAGACAGUAUUAUGUUAACCAAUUCAAAACUAUUCAACCUGAUCUAACAGGUUUUAUCCCUGGCUCUGCUGCAAAGGAGUUUUUUACUAAGUCAAAGCUGCCUAUUCUAGAAUUGUCUCACAUUUGGGAGCUAUCAGAUUUUGAUAAAGAUGGUGCACUGACCCUGGACGAGUUCUGUGCAGCGUUUCAUCUUGUGGUUGCUAGAAAGAAUGGUUAUGACCUUCCUGAGAAGCUCCCUGAGAGCCUCAUGCCAAAGCUUAUUGACCUGGAUGACUCAGCAGGAGUCCCUGAACCUGCACCAGAGGUAGGCUUUUCCGGUUCGCCAGUGGAGGUGACGCCCAAUAAAUCCCCCUCCAUGCCUUCCCUGAACCAGACCUGGCCUGAACUCAACCAGAGCAAUGAGCAGUGGGAGACUUUUAGCGAACGCUCCUCAAGCUCACAAACUCUGACCCAAUUUGAUUCUAACAUUGCACCAGCUGACCCUGAUACAGCAAUAGUUCAUCCUGUUCCCAUCCGUAUGACUCCUAGCAAGAUACACAUGCAGGAGAUGGAGCUGAAGAGAACUGGGAGUGACCACGCACAUCCAACAAGUCCGUUAAUGCCUAAACAACCUGAACUGUCGGAGGAGAAGAAACUAGCCGCCACAAUUAAAUUUCCUGUCACCACUGUAGGUGAUGGCUAUAGCAGCUCCGAUUCCUUCACAUCUGAUCAAGAACCCAUUUCAAGUGCUGUAACCAGACAGAGGUCUCACUCUGGGACGUCUCCUGAAGGACUGAAAGUCGUAGCUCCCCCACCACCCCCUCCCCGCCCCCACGCAUCACAUUCACGUUCCUCAUCCUUAGACAUGAACAGAAACUUUGCUGCUGUCCCUGCAGGGACUCAGCAGCAGGCCGGAGUAGUGGCCUUUCCUCCUGCCGUGCCUCCUCGGCCACUGGCCACACAGACUUCAGUGCCACAUGGGCAUCGUUCAGUAGAUGGAGACAGUCUUCCAACUCAUACCAGCACUUCACCGCAGCAAAUACCAGAGCAGCCCAAUUUUGCAGACUUUAGUCAGUUCCAGGCCUUUGCUGUUGAGAAGCCACCAGAAGAUGGAGACAAACAGCAGGAGAGUGUGCAGGUGGAGAAGACUGCAGAUGCUGCUGGAGCUAUGAGAGCAGUAAUGAGUGAAACUCAGCCAGAGCAAACUACAGCCACUGUGAACUCCGCCAAAGGAUCCACUCCUCUUGCUCCCCCUCCCAAACCAGUCAGACGGAGGCUCAAGUCAGAAGAUGAGCUCAGACCUGAAAUGGAGGACCACCCACAGAAAUCUGGCCUUGUUGCCACUGUCCUAGCAACUCAGCCUUCAAUUCCACGGUCUGUUGGGAAGGAUAAGAAGGCUAUUCAGGCCUCCAUUAGAAGAAACAAAGAGACAAACACGGUUUUGGCCAGACUCAACAGUGAAUUACAGCAGCAGUUGAAGGACUUGCUAGAGGAGAGGAUAUCACUGGAGGUCCAAUUGGAGCAGCUGAGGCCGUUUUCUCAUUUGUAACCAUGUGAAGGAAAAGUUGUUGAAGUGAUCAGGAAAAAAGUCCAGCGGAUCCCCCGGGAGGACGCACAUUUCAGCCCUGUAUCCCCUCCUCCUGCGCCUGUUGCCCUCCCUCUGCCUGUGUGAGGAGGGAAUCUGCUGCUUCCUUCCACAUCACUUUCACACAUCCCUUCCUGACACGAGAGAGGGGAUGUUCUGAGAGUUAGAGGGUAGGAACAUAAUAGAUUUGGCACUUUGAUGAAACAGAGUGGAAAUUGUGAACGCCAAUUCCUCUACCACAAUCCCGCAGCACGGGGCCUGCCACUGCUCUUACGGGGCAGAGGGGGCGCUGUUCAAAACCCAUUUACCUAUACUCACAAUAAGGGUAUUGUGGACAUGGUAAUGCUCCAGCAGUUGCAGUGGCACCCAGAUGUGGUUUAAUAAUAAUUACUUGGGGUGCCGGCGGGUGGAGUGGAGGAUUGAUUAAGGGGAGAUCAUGCUCUGUUUCAGAAUGAGUGGUUGUGCUAAGCACUCGUUCAGAUUUCAUGUAACCUUCCAACAAGCCAGCGGAGGACACAUCUAUGUGUUUUUGUGUGUGUGUGUAUGCGUGUGCGUGAGCAACGGUUACAAAUAUACGGCAUAAUGCAUCAAAGACUGCUCUAUUUUCUUCUUUUAACAUCUGUGGUAUAAUGAAAUGAGUUUUUCUACCCUGCGCAGACAUUGACCCAGUAAAACAGAUUUUGGUGGCCCCUCACACACAUAAGAACAUGUUGCCUGUCCUGUGCCUCACAUGGUGCACAAUCUGAUUGAGUCAUGCUUCAGAAUCAAGCUUUCCUGUGACAUCAGCUAUAAAUGUGAAACCUGAAAUGUAACGCGACUGCACUUUCUUCCCCUUGGCUUUCCUUUGUUUGUCUGUUCUUUUUUUCCCCCUGUAACACUAUUUUUGCAUGUUGUUUGUGUUCUUAUUUGAUAUAAAACAGCUCUUAAAAUCGAACCACUUGAUUUGUAUAUGUAUUAUCUUAACUCGUAUGACUUUUACGUUGUAACUCUGAUUCGUCUCGUUUGUUUGAUUUUGUUUUCUGUUUUCUCCAACGUUCCCCUUUUCUUUCCCCGUCCUCGAAGCCUUACUCCCGUCGUUCAGGUUUUCACACUAAUGUAUCCUCCUCUCCAUUCUGAAUCAAGGUGAGCCUUCUUUUCCUGCUGUUCAGGUCGAUGUACUGUAUAAGGAGUUUGUUGUACAUUGUAUGAUACACACCUUUUGGUCUCAUAUGUAAAUUUGCAUUAAUUGCUGACUAACAGCAAAUAUUCUAUUUAAUUUGCUUAUGUUAUGGCUGUGGGAUCAUAGAUGUUUAACUGCAUGGAUGUAUCUCUGCAGAAUGAACUAGCAGCUGUGUGAUUUUUACACAAAAUAAAAAUGGCACAAUAUUUUAAUAA